CCCCAACCCUUCUCCUCAGCAUUUCCUCUCUCUCUCAGCCUGGUGAGCCUGGUGAGUGGCAUUAGCCUAACUGGCACCCAAGGGGUUUGGAUGGCCAAGGCUGGGGCAGGAGAAGGGGCGGCUGGCUGGAGGGUCCAGAUGUGGUGCGUGGACCCUGAUAUCCUGACUGCUGCCAUGUCAUACCCCUUGGAGAAGGCCCUGGAUGCGAUGGUGUUCACCUUCUACAAGUACUCAGGCAAAGAGGGUGACAAGUACAAGCUCAACAAGUUGGAGCUAAAGGAGCUGCUAACUCGGGAGCUGCCCAGCUUCCUGGGGAAAAGGACAGAUGAAGCUGCGUUCCAGAAACUGAUGAGCAACUUGGACAGCAACAGGGACAACGAGGUGGACUUCCAGGAGUACUGCGUCUUUCUGUCCUGCAUUGCCAUGAUGUGCAACGAGUUCUUCGAAGGUUUCCCAGAUAAGGAGCCCCGAAAGAAAUGAAGGCUCCCCCCAGGGCAGGGGGUGUCUGCCAGCUGGUUUCUGCUCCUGCAGUCACAUGUGCCAUGUUGAGCAAGCACAAUAAAGAUUCUUAGAAG